GCGAGAGACCAGACUCUCACUCUGACAGUGGAAAGGGUCCUUCAGGGGAACGAGACCCAGAGACGCCCAAACCAGCGAGACCACACCACUGCUCCCAGUGUAAUAAGAGUUUUAAGUGGUUAUGUAAGCUGAAAAAGCAUGAGAAAAUACACACAGGAGAGAAGCCUUUCCAAUGCUCCCAGUGUGGAAAGAGUUUUACCCAGUUAGGGACACUGAAAAGGCAUGAGAGAAUACACACAGGAGAGAAGCCUUUCCAAUGCUCCCAGUGUGGAAAGGGUUUUACACGAUUAGGGAACCUGAAAAAGCAUGAGGGAACACACACAGGAGAGAACCCCUUACAAUGCUCUCAGUGUGGAAAACGUUUUACCAAGUUAGGGAACCUGAAGGAGCAUGAAAGGACACACACAGGGGAGAAAUCUUACCGUUGCUCUCUGUGUGGAAAGGAUUUUACCAAGCUAGGGAGCCUAAAAGUACAUAAAAGAAUACACACGGGAGAGAAACCUUUCCAGUGUUCUCAGUGUGGAAAAGGUUUUACACGGUUAGGGCAUCUGAAGGAACAUAAAAGAAUACACACAGGAGAGAAACCUUUCCAAUGCUCCCAGUGUGGAAAGGGUUUUACCUUGUUAGGGAACCUGAAUAUGCAUGAAAAAACACACACAGGAGAAAAGCCUUACCAAUGCUCCCAGUGUGGAAAGAGCUUUACACAGUUAGGGAACCUGAAGGAGCAUGAAAAGACACAUACAGGGGAGACAUCUUACCAUUGCUCUCUGUGUGGAAAGGAUUUUACACGGUUAGGGAACCUGAAAAGGCAUGAGAGAAUACACGCACUCUUUCCAAUGCGCCCAGUGAGGAGCAGGACUUGGAACCGGUUCAGGGAACAGAACCUAAACCCGGAAAAGAGCAAAACAUUUGAGGAACAGAACCGAUAACGAAAGUGAUCUCUACCGUUCAAGAACGGAACUGUUAUUUUUGAAAAGCUUGGGAACCGGUUAAUGUUAUUUUAAAAGUAAUUGUGGAAAUCUAACUUUUCAAAGUUAUUAUUCUGUUAAAAUCAUACCCAAAUAAUGUCUACUCGUAUUUUAUACACCUGUGAGCAAAAAGGUGUAACUGAAAUAACAAAAUCCAAUCAUUUGAAGUGGUGUCCGUUUGACCGUGUGGUGGACCUCAUCAAUGUUCCCAUUUAUUUUACCUUUAUUUUACUAGGCAAGUCAGUUAAGAACAAAUUCUUAUUUUCAAUGACGGCCAAGGAACAGUGGGUUAACUGCCUGUUCAGGGGCAGAACGACAGAUUUUGUACCUUGUCAGCUCGGGGAUAUGAACUUGCAACCUUCCAGUUACGAGUCCAAUGCUCUAACCACUAGGCUACCCUACCACCUCUACACUCUAACCACUAGGCUACCCUACCACCUCUACACUCUAACCACUAGGCUACCCUACCACCUCUACACUCUAACCACUA